CUUUGACAUCCUCGUCACACUUAUAUUCCUGACGUCCGUCGUUUUCUCUCGCUCCAACUCUCAAAUGCGUCAGAGGAGCAACCGUAUGGCUUCCGAGUUGGUCGAGCUAGAUUUUAGUAUCGCAGUGACUACUGUGGAGAGAUUGUGUAUCGCAGUGUAUUAGUUCUACAAAGUGCGGAAAUAAACAGAAAAUGUUUUCACGCGUUAUGUUCAGUGUCCUUUUCGGGACGUUACUGAUAAUUGCCAUUAUUCCAGAUACAGCUUCUUACAACAAAUAUGGAAGGACCUGUCAGGAUAUUGGUUGCCGUAGCGAUGAAACGUGCGUAAUGGCUGAGGAUCCUUGCACUGGCUAUUCAGAUAAGUGCGGGCGAUAUCCGACCUGCCAGAGGACAAGUGGAGCAAGUUGUACAACUAUGAUUUGUGGAGAGAAUGAAUACUGCAAGACCGAAAAUGGUGCGCCAAAAUGUGUGAAAAAAUCUACAGGAUUAGCAUUGCCUCCGGGAUUAGACCAAGUAUCACAUCGAACGACACCAAGAACUCCACCAUCGCCGCCGCCUAGAUCUUCGUCAUAUGGGGGAAGAUAUAGCGGUCACUCCGGCUCCAGGAAUACCAUAGGUGGCGGUUCCAUCUUAUCAUAUCGAACGACACCAAGAGCUUCACCAUCGCCUCCACCUAGAUCUUCGUCACUCGGGGGAAGAUUUAACGGCCACUCCGGCUCCAGGAAUAGCAUAGGUGACGGUUCCAUUUUCAAUCGUCUGUUUGGCGAUGACCGUCCUCGACCUACCAGCAGAAUUCAGCUUCAUCCAACAAGGAAUAAUUAUUAUCAGACUCAUACUCACGUGGAUAGUAAUGGAAACAGAGUUUGGACAUUUUCUGAGGACGAAAUUGAGACACGAAUAGUUUCAAAACGAGAAACUGGUCAUCAAACAGAAGCAGAAAUACGUGAUUCUUCAGAUACUUCUAAAAAUUCGAACAGCCAAACUACUAAAUCUUCUGGAUAUCCAUCUGGCUCUGGAUAUCCUAGUAAUAGUGGUUACCCAAGUUACGGAUCUUCUGAUUCAACGUCGACGAAUCAACCCCGAUCUGGUUAUCCAUCUAGUGGAUCAUCUGGUUAUCCAUCCAGCGGAUCAUCCGGUUAUCCAUCCAGAGGAUCAUCCGGUUAUCCGUCCAGCGGAUCAUCCGGUUAUCCGUCCAGCGGAUCAUCCGGUUAUCCGUCCAGUGGAUCAUCCGGUUAUCCAUCCAGCGGAUCAUCCGGUUAUCCGUCCAGCGGAUCAUCCGGUUAUCCGUCCAGCGGAUCAUCCGGUUAUCCGUCCAGCGGAUCAUCCGGUUAUCCAUCUAGUGGAUCAUCUGGUUAUCCAUCCAGCGGAUCAUCCGGUUAUCCGUCCAGAGGAUCAUCCGGUUAUCCGUCUAGUGGAUCGUCCGGUUAUCCUUCCAGUGGAUCGUCCGGUUAUCCUUCCAGUGGAUCAUCCGGUUAUCCAUCCAGAGGCAGUUCUGGUUAUCCGAGAUCUGGUUAUCCAAGCAGCGAUUCUUCGAGAUAUCCGGAUAAUUCUGGAAACGAACAAACUGUUAGACGAACUGAUGCUAGUACUGUAAAUGCUGGCUAUCCCAGCAAUUCACAGUCAUCAGUAUAUCCGGAAAGAAAUCCGUCAUAUCGCGAUAAUUAUCCGUCUCAAAAUGCAGGAUAUCCUCCUUCAGGGAAUCCAUAUAAUAAUCAACGUCCUCCGUAUGCAAAUCAAGGAUAUCCACAAGGUUCUCCUCAAGGUUAUCCACAAGGUUAUCCACAAGGAUAUCCACAAGGUUAUCCACAAGGAUAUCCACAAGGUUAUCCACAAGGAGGACGUUAUCCUGAAGGUUAUUAUCAAAAUUAUAUAACCACUACUAAACGUCCUGGUAUACAAGAUCAACUGACGAAUUUUGCUCGAAACAUGGCACAGAAGGUGCUAACGCAAACGAUAAUAGAUCGUGUCACUGGAAGACAUCAAUAAAGCUGAUAGUACUAAAAUCUUUUAUUUUAAAAUCAUAGAAAUAUUUCAAAAUAUAGCUUUUUUGCCAUUAACUGCUGGACAGUAAGUUGUUUAAUUGUAUGCUAAAUAAUAUGUCUUUCUUUUAUUGCGAGUGAAUUUUAAUAAAAAAUCUAUUAGUGCAUAAUUAUAAUAU